AUGGAAACAAGCAAUGAUACUGCAGUGACUGGAUUCAUUCUCCUAGGAUUUGCCGGUCAACACAAGUUUUGGCAUAUCUUGUUCAUAGUUUUUCUAAUGAUCUAUGUUGUCACUCUAGUGGGAAAUAUUGGGAUGAUCCUACUCAUCAGAGUCGCUUCCUCCCUUAAAACUCCUAUGUACUUUUUGCUCCAACACUUGGCAUUUGUUGAUCUUUGCUACUCCUCUGCUAUCACUCCCAAGAUGUUACAGAAUUUCGUACAGACUGACCAUUCAAUCUCCUUCGUCGAAUGUGUGACGCAAAUACUAGUCUAUGCUACCUUCGCAACAAGUGACUGCUAUAUCCUGGCUGUUAUGGCAGUGGACCGUUACAUGGCCAUCUGCAACCCACUUCGAUACCCAAUAGUCAUGACCCAAAGAGUCUGCAUUCAAUUUUUAAUCGGUUCAUAUAUCAUGGGCUUCCUUAAUGCCUCUGUAAAUACCAGUUUUACUUUCUCGUUGAAUUUUUGCAGAUCCAAUAAAAUUAACCACUUUUUCUGUGAUGAACCCCCAAUUCUUGCCCUCUCGUGCUCUAGCAUUGAUUUAAACAUUUUACUACUGACAGUCUUUGUGGGGUUUAACUUAACAUUUACCAUUCUAGUCGUCAUCUUUUCCUACAUCUAUAUCCUGGCUGCCAUCCUGAGGAUCUCUUCUGCUGAGGGGAGGAAAAAAGCCUUCUCCACCUGUGCCUCCCACCUGACAGCUGUCACCAUUUUUUAUGGAACCCUCUCUUACAUGUAUCUACACCAUGGGACUGCAGAGUCUCAAGAGCAAGAAAAAAUGGCUUCCGUGUUCUAUGGCAUUAUUAUCCCCAUGUUAAACCCCCUUAUCUACAGUCUGAGAAACCAAGAUGUCAAAGAAGCCAUUAAGGGGAUUGGGAAAAAGUAUUUCUAG